GGAGGAGAAAUCCUGUGCAUCAGAUCGCGAUGGUACUUGCGUUCAGGCACCCAUGUCAGAGCCCUGUAGUAACCCUUUACAUGUUUCGAUUCUCCUCUCCAAAAACUCAUACCACUCACGAAUACUGAAAGACAGGAUAACAAUCAUGUCCAACGUAACCUCAUGGAUCCAGCAUCUUGGAUGCCUUUACGCUUGCUGGAUCACUCAAUUCCCAACAAUGGUCUUCCUCACUGGUCUGGUCUUCGCAGCGUGGGCGCUAAAUGGAUUCACUCCAUUUGAAGCACAUGGGAAAUUUGUGCUUAGUCUAUGCACUAUCAUGGUACAUGUGUGGAUCUAUCAAGUGUUCUUCUUCUUCAUCCACGGAUUAACAGCCACAUGCAUGUUGUGUAUGCAAGUGUUUGAGAGCGUCUUGAUUACAUAUCUGGGAUGGAUGUUUUGGCCUUUUCUCAAAGAAGCCCGUUUGAGUCCGCCAAAGGUAUGGCAUCCUCUCGCGAAGGCAGUCUGGAUUGGACUGCCAGUGACAUAGUAAGUGCAAGCUUCUAUAUCCUACUCAUCAGGAGUUUUCUCGUCUGGCAAAGGGUGAAAAACGAGGAACGAGGAGUUACCCUGAUAGGGAAAGACGAACACGAAAUGGAGAGCCUGAUUAACGGUGAUGAGUAUGUCUGA